AUGUUCCGCAGCGGCGUGACCAUGGCAGCGAGGGCCGUCACCAGAAGCGCACCACCGAUCGUUGACAUGAUGGCAGUUUUCGUCGUGGGACGUGGUAUGGCAAUACGGAAAGGCGGCACGCGGGGCCUGGCAUUGGCACCUACCAGGAUAAAAAACGCGGCGACAAUAGCAGGUACAGGGGAAGAAGCCACUCGCAGGUUCCACGCCACUUCCACCCACAGCACAGCGGCUACAGCCCCGCCAGCGCCAGCACCGGCGACAAAUCCAGCCGACGAUGGCCAGGACACCAUCCCCGGCACCUCCAUUCGUGUAUUCCGCACUGUAGCCGGCCUCCGUGUCUGGCGCCGCCAGCAGCUCCUGGCCGGCCGCUCGGUCGGUCUCGUGCCCACCAUGGGCGCCCUGCACGAGGGCCACUUGGACCUGGUCCGCGCAGCCGCCCGCGACAACGACGCUGUCGUCGUGACCAUCUACGUCAACCCGACCCAGUUUGGUGUCCACGAAGACCUGGGCAGCUACCCGCGCACCUGGGACGCGGACUGCCAGGCGCUCGCCGGUCUUCAGGCGACCUUUCAGCAAGGCACCAGCACCAGCAGCAGCAGCAGCAGAGGCAAGAUCGAGGCCGUCCAGGAGAUCAACGGGCCCGGCAGCUUUGUCACCAUUACGCCUGUGGGCACGCGCCUCGAGGGCGCGAGCCGCCCGACCUUCUUCCGCGGCGUGGCCACGGUGUGCAUGAAGCUGUUCCACAUCGUGCAGCCGGAGACGGCGUACUUUGGCCAAAAGGACGUGCAGCAGACGGUCGUGCUGCGCCGCAUGGUGCGCGACUUUGCCAUUCCCCUGACCCUGGUCGUGGGGCCCACGGUGCGCGAGCCGCCCGACGGCCUGGCGCUGAGCUCGCGCAAUGUGUAUCUAGGCACGCGGCGGCGGGCCGUGGCCAACGUGCUGCGGCGGUCGCUGCUGGCGGCCGAGGCGGCGGCGGCCACCGCCGCUGCCACCACCAGUGGUCCGCGCUUGACCCACGACCAGAUUCUGGCCGCCGCGCACCGCGUAGCCGACGAGACGCUGGCAGCGCAGAAGCAGCUGCCACCCCACGAGCGCGCCCUGUUUGAGAUUGACUACCUGUCGCUGUCCGACGCGGACACGAUGGAAGAGCUGGCGGCUGACCAGCGCAUCGACCCGGCGCGAGGCGCCAUUCUGAGUGGCGCGGUGCGCAUGUUGCCCGUGGAAGAUCCGCAGCCCGGCGAGGACCUCGGCCACAGUGGCGGACCGUUGGUGCGGUUGAUUGACAACAUCAUCAUCCAGCCGACAGAAGAGUAG